GUUUUAGCAUAUUUGGAUAUGGCUUUUUCUUUUUUGGGAUUCAUUUUAAAGAGUGGAAAAGCUUGGUCCUUAAUACCCGUUUGGAUUGAUGUAAACUUUGUUUGGAUUUUAGCAGGCUUUUAUUCGACGGACCUUUUGUUGGAUUAAUUGCAUUCAUGGGUUGUUUUUGCUUGAAGAAAGUUAGAAACAAAUCUGGGUAUAAAGAUCCAACCAUUCUUGCAUCCGAAACACCCUUUACUGUGAAUGAAGUAAAAGCUCUUUAUGAUCUGUUCAAGAGGGUAAGCAGCUCCAUAAUUGACGAUGGUCUUAUUCACAAGGAGGAAUUCCAGCAUGCAGUUUUUAGAAACAGCAGCAAGCAAAAUCUCUUUGCAGAUAGAGUAUUUGAUUUAUUCGAUGUUAAACACAAUGGGGUUAUUGAAUUUGGAGAGUUUGUUCGUUCUUUAAGCGUCUUUCAUCCCAACGCUCCAAUAGCAGACAAAAUUGCAUUCCUAUUCAGAUUGUACGACCUUCGACAGACUGGUUACAUUGAGGGAGAAGAGUUGAAAGAGAUGCUAUUGGCUCUGCUUGGUGAAUCAGAACUCGUACUUUCCAAUGACAUGGUGGAAAUGAUUGUGGAAAAGGCAAUGGUGGAGGCGGAUUCAAACGGGGAUGGGAAGAUUGAUGAAGAAGAAUGGAGGGAAUUUGUGAAAAAUAACCCAUCUGUCUUAAAGAACAUGACACUUCCAUAUUUGAAGGACUUAACCAGCCUUGCAUUUCCCAGUUUUGUACUCAACAACGAAGCUGAAAUCGUUGGGAAUAAGUAACAUUUGAAGAUGGUAAAACUUGACCCAAUUUUCUUUAAAGUCGGAAAAAGAAAAUUUCCUACUGUAAAUAUUACUACCUUUGAAGAGGCCUCUGCAACUUAAUUUAAACCCUCUUUUUUCUUGUUUCCUACCGGAUUCAAUCAGUUGGUAUCGAGUUAACAUUAUCUAUAUGUGAUAAAGUAUGUAAAAUUUAGAUUCUAUCAAUGCAAUUGGAAGGAGUUUAAAUUCCACUAUAUACAA